AAAAUCCCGGCCUCACAAUGGUGAUACUUAAAGGGGACCUUAUCCUUUUCCCACUUUUCUGAUCUCUAAAUGCAGUUACAAUGUUGUAUUCUCGUGUUAAACGAUGCCAAAGUUUCAGAAAAUUAAAUCAAAUUAAGUUAGCCCUAAAAGAAGUUUGAGAUGGCUCAAAACCUGUGCAGGUUAUUGUGUGUAGCUGCUCUAUGGGAGAGCACAUCAAGAUAAUCUACCUCAGAACACUUUUUAGCCAAACUUAGGUCUCCCUUAAAUAACGACUUACAACCAGCACUAUAACAAUAUUUAUCAAUCCAGAAAUUAUACAUAUGGAAGUAAAUUACAUAACAUAUACAGCCAACAGGCUCAUCAAAAUGUCUGAAGGUAAUUUCAUCUGCAAAAAACCUUUGGGAACCACUGCGUUAGCCUUACUUGAGUCCUGUGGCCCAGGGCUAAGACCUAAGGUGAGGAAUAAGGGGCGGAAUCGGGAUUCAGCAUCGGGAAGACUGCCUGUACAUAUUUGUUUUGGUUUUUGUUGUCAUGGUUACAAGUGGCAACCUGCUAAACAUCUUUAUUCUUUGAGAUCGUCACAAAGACACAGGUCAUUUGACUAUGAUGUCACAUAAAUGUUCUUUGCUGCUGGUUUUUGCCUUAGAUGCCUGUUUGUUGCACCAUUUUGUACUCGUGUAUUUUUUUUUCAUUUAGCUUUUUUCUCAUUAUUAACAGCCACUGUUACCUAAAUUGAUCAAUUUGACUUCUAAAAAAAAUCAUACUACAGGAAAUGUCCAAGUGGCUCACACAUGCAACUGUCUGCAGAUCGGUGGGAAUGUUUCUAAGCAAAGAUAUAGCGUUUCAUUUAAUGCCCCGGUCGAAUGCAGUCGGAGUUCUACCUUUCACUGGUGGGUGUUGAAGUCCAGAGGUUUCAUGCCUGUGAAGACAUGGCUCGGAAAGGUUUUGCCCUCUUUCCACUCCAGCGUGAGGAACCAGACGAUGGAGCGUUCCAACUUAUCGGUGACUCUUGAGUGCCAGAUCUCCUCUCCCACCUGUAGCUACACGAUGGAGGAAGUUCUCGGGGCUGGGUCCUUUGGUGAGGUGGUCCAGUGCAGGAAGAUGUCAUCGGGCGAGACCGUAGCUUUGAAGGUGAUCAAGGACAGCAGCAAGAUGGAGGAGGCCAAGGAUGAGGAGCGCGUUCUGAUUGAGCUGAAGGCACGUGGCUCGGACCGGUUCAAUAUUGUGAGCUGGAACGACUCCUUCACCUUUCAGGGGCAGUUUUGUCUGGAAUUUGAGAAGCUGGACAUGAGCCUCCAUCAGCUGCUCGAGUGGCGCCUUCCUUUGUCGCUGAUGGAGAUCCGACCUGUUCUGCAACAGUUGGCCACUGCACUGCAGUUCCUGAAGAGUGUGGGGAUUGUCCACUGCGAUCUGAAGCCAGACAACGUCAUGGUAGUUGACCACCUGCAGUUGCCGCUGAAGGUGAAGGUCAUUGACUUUGGCUUGGCUCUACAUGCCUCGGAGCUGUCUCGGGGGACGACGGUGCAGAGCAUGUGGUACCGAUGUCCCGAAGUGCUGCUAGGACACGAGUGCAACGAGGCUAUCGAUGUGUGGUCUCUGGGCUGCAUCGCUGUGGAGCUGCUGCUGGGCCAUGCUCUGUUUGACGGCUGUGAUGAGUACAGCAUGCUGUCACAGAUCAGCACCACGCUUGGAAAACUGCCAGCCGGCCUCCUUGAUGCAGGAAUAUUCACGUCGUGCUUCUUCCGCAAGAAAGCCAAGAAAUGGAGGCUGAAGAACCGAGCUGAAAUGAUCACAGCUUAUGAUGGCACUCAACCUUUAAACAAGCUUUCAGAUCUCCUGGAGGUUCGUUUUGUGCGACCCAUCAACUGCACCGAUGAGGACUGGCGUGCCAUGCAGUGUGACCUUGAGAUCUUUGUGGAUUUAGUAUCUACAAUGCUUCAGAUGUACCCGCAAAAACGGGCAAGGCCGUGCCAAAUUCUGGAGCACCAAUUCAUUUCCAUGAACCACUUUGAUGGCAAAUUCCCAAACAGUGCUUACGUCAGGCUCUGGCGUGAGUGCAUGGAGAUGGGCCGAACGUGCCAGAACAAGGAGGCCUCUGCUAGGGCCAUUUGUAACAUGUCAAGCUUUACGUGUGGGGAUCACACCACCGGGCCCAGGAUGUUGGACCAGUCAGUCAUCACGAUCAACAGCGGCGAAUCAUGGCCGACGGGCACCAAUGGUCGCAGGAAGAGGAAACAAGACGCAAAUGAUGACGACAUCAUCAUUCGCGCCUCCGCUGCAAGUAAGAGGAGCAGCAGAGAUGCAGAAUACACGACAUCCAUCGACAGCUCCAGGAAGGGUGGGGGCUGCACGAUGCAGCAGCCACACAGCAGCCACAUAAAACUCCUCCACCUGGAAUGUGGUGAUGCCACAGUCCAGCGAAAGAACAAGGUGACGGUGCAGGCGCACGCCACAAAAGAAGUUGAUGGGAUCUGUGAAUUAUGAUUUAAUUCAUUUUCCAUUUUUUAAACUGUAUUGUCUUUAAAAGUAAAUUAUAUUUUUAAUGAAGCUUAUUGUUGGGUUUCGGGCGCCAUUGGGCCUAUCCUAUAUGGUUGUUUAGAUUCAGGUUUUAUUUUUCAUGAAUAGCUUUAUUUUUGUAUUCUCUCUAUUUUACCUGUUCAUUUUGUCAUGAAGAAAAUGUCUAUUUUUGUAUGAAGUUCAAGUUCAAAUAAAC